ACUAACACACACUAGCCUAUCAUUCUUACAACGACGAGUAAACCGUAACAAUGUGUGAAAUUGACAUUAAAACGUAGGAAAAUAGUCCACUUUCAGCGCUACACGCUUAACAAUGGUGACCGUGUUGAGAUUGCGGAUUGGAGUACUUCUCCUUAGUUUUGCCAUUGUCGUUUACGUUUCGCUUGGGGCUUUUCAAACAGACGUGACACAUGGAAUUCACGACGCGUUCAUUCGAAAUCAUUCCCAGUUUUAUGUCCAGCCACUGAAUACGUACGUCAAUUCAACAAAUAUUAUACGUUCCGUGCAGAACGAACAAAUGUGGCUGUCUGAUCAAAAUUUUACAGUCAUUCAACGUGAAUUUUACUUAUAUCUAGCAAGUCGAUUGCGUGACACGCCCUAUCCUGGGGUGGAAAACUUUACACGUUACGUUAUCGCUCAGUCAGGGCUGAAACCUUUGACUGGUGUUAAAAAAUUACGACCGGAUUUCGGUCCAGUGCUGAACGACGUAACGUUUUACCGGUAUCCGAUCGCAAUUCAGUCCUGUCAAAGCAGAAUUUUUAGUAAUAAUGCCACUACUCUCUUCGUGGCAAUCAUUUCCGCGCCUAGUUACUUCCACAAACGCAAAAUAAUCCGCCAGACGUGGCUGCGUGAUUUGAAAAUGCGGUCGGAUCUCGGAUCGGUGAACCUUGUUGGAUACGCGUUUGUUGUCGGUUUGCCAGAAAACGAAGAAAUCCAAAAACAAAUCGAGGAAGAGAAUGAAACAUACCGUGACAUCCUCCAGAUUGAAAUGAUUGACCACUAUUAUAACCUUACAGUUAAAGUAGUCGGGCUACUGAACUGGAUGAAUGAUUACUGUUCACAGGUAGAUUUCGUCUUAAAAAUCGAUGACGACGUCUACGUCAACACCAAGAAUUUUCUAACGGUAAUCAGAAGCCUCAAUGCUUCAGAGCAAAGCAAUUACGGUUCCAUCGUGGACAGUCCACCAUUAAGAGGUACAUUAGUAAAAGGGAAAUGGUACAUCAGCUGGGAUGACUGGCCUUGGUCCAACUAUCCGAUGUAUUUCAGUGGAGCAGCUGUCAUUUUACCUGGUUGUACCAUAGCUCCUUUAUUGGCGGCUGCACAAACAAUUCCAUACCUCCCCUUUGAUGAUACUUUCCUCACAGGAUUAUGCACUAGCAAAGCUGGGAUCAAAGUACGCGACUCCUACUGGCUGUUUGUUGCGUGGGUAGAAGAUGUACCGAAUCCAUGCGAUGUGUACACCACUGUUACCUGGCUGACGGUGUCUGUUGAGCAUCUCAACAGAUCUCAUUGGGCCACAAAGGAUUUUUAUGAGAACUUGACCCAGUGCAUCUUAGAAGAGUCGGAUGGUACCAAUAGGACUGCUGAUCCGAUGGAGGAUCUCGUCUUUUCUUUUUCAGUCUGAACUACAGGUGUUUCGAUGAAAGCUUUUGUAAAAAUCUGAAUUGAUCACUGCUCGUUGCAUAAUAAAACGGUAAGCAGGGAGA